AUGCGAAUUCCUCUUCUCCUCCACCAUCAUCACCAUCGUAUACUGCACCGCCAACUCUAUUCUUCCUCACGGAUCAUUCUCCCUCGCACCUUCAGCACCCAAAGCCACUCUUACACCUCUCCCAACGUCGCAGAUCCCACUACCAUGCCCCCUUUAAACCCAACUUCACAGAAAGCCAUCGCCCGAUUAAGAAACUACACUCCCCCGCCAACAACUUAUACCUCGGUUCCGUUGUCACGCCGCGCCGCAGUACUGGUGCUGCUGUAUGCGGACCAGAAGGGGGACUUGAGGGUUGUAUUAACGAUGAGGGCAGCAACUUUGAGUUCUUAUGCUGGACAGGCUGCUUUACCGGGUGGCCGCGCCGACUCCCUAUCAGAAACGCCCAUCCAAACCGCCCGCCGCGAAGCCAAAGAGGAGAUCGGCCUCCCCGAACACGACGAGCAGCUACCUCGGCCAUUCACGGUCGAGCAUCUCUGCGAGUUCCCAGCCAAUUUAGCGCGAACGGAACUAGUCGUUCGACCAUGUGUGGCGCUGCUGCAUUCAUUCGAUGAGCUGACGGGCGAGAAUGCCGAUCCUGAGGUCUCGCUGAUCCCGAGGCUGGAUGCGCGCGAAGUCGCGGCGGUGUUUACGGCGCCGUUUCGCAAUUUCUUGCGCUGUAGGGAUAUGGAGGAUUGGGGUGAUGGGGAUCCGAUGGAGUGGUAUAAGGGGGCUUGGACGGAGUGGCAUCAAGAGAAUUGGAAGAUGCAUCAAUUCUUCGUCCCCGUCCGGCCUAAAGAAGUGGUUAAGCCGAAGACAAGGACGGAGGAACAGAAAGAAGCGGUUAGUCAGUUGGAGGAGCAGGAGAAGGCCUCGCAGGUUAUUCGGUACCGGGUGUUUGGGAUGACGGCGCGGAUGUUGGUUGAUGUGGCGCGGGUUGCGUAUGCCGAAGAGCCGGAAUUUGAGCACAAUAGUCACUUUGGGGAUGAGGCGAUCAUUGAGAAGUUAAGGAAGAUGGGCCGGUUAAGUCCGAUUCGGAGGACAGGGGAUCAGUUGACUAGGCGGGAUAUGGAGAUGGCGGCUAAACUUAGUUGA